AUGGCCAGUACAAAUUCCCAUAAACAUUCCCACGCCCUUUGUGCUGGCUUUCUGCAAACGGGGAUUGAUUUUAGUGGUGCAAACAUGAAGGAAAAAAACCUUCUUGGAGAGCUGCUGGACUCAAAAAGAGUACAGUCAAAACAUGAGAAAUCCUUAGACCAGAGGGAAAACAAACUCAAAAGAAAAAGGAAGGAGACGGCUGAAAAGGAAAAUUCACCAGCAUCAGUGACUGAAGGAUGCAUGAAGCCCUGCAGGGGCAACCUUUCUGAAAAUGCUGUUGUCAGCGCUACAAGGACAAGGACACCUCCUCCAGAACCACUAAAGAACCAGGAAUCUGCUUUGAGACCUUUAACAACGCAAAACAGCCCAGAUCUCAUAUACGUGAAACCCAAGGACAAAACAAAAGACUCUGGUAAAAAACCACCACACAAACACAACUCCAGUUCCUCAGCGGUCACCGCCACACCAAGCCCUGAGGAAACUGUGAGCGAAAAUGCCCACGUUCACAACCCCAGAGCACGCACUCUAGGGGUUCUGAAGGUGCGCAGACCUGGAGCAUGUAGUGUAUGGGCUCCAUAUAAAAACCAUGGACUAGAAGCUUCUGCAAUGCCGAGUGCUGCAACCACACAAACACGAUUCCAGUUCCUCAGCGGCCACACCAAGCCCUGA